GGCUGAAGGUGCGCGGCCUGCGUGAGGCGGAAACGUGUGGCGUCACGGGGAGGGCGGGGACGUGCAGCCAUUCGAUGGGAGUUUUGAAGCUUUUCGUCUAGUGGUGCCGGAACUGGCGCCGCCUCGUCGUCACUAGCUGAUCCCAGCAAUAAGGGCAUGGCGGCGGCGGACGAAGUGUCCGAGUUCCUCAGCCAGAACCGGGAGACCGCCGCCUGGGUGGAGAGCCUGCGGGGGGAGUAUGAGUCUGACAAGCUGUGGCGGCACCGACGGGAGUUCAUCCUGCGGAACAUGAGCGACUUCUGCGGGGCUGGCGAGCUACCCGAGUCUAACCACAAGGGCCUGGACCGGCUGAUCGCCUACUCCAUGGUGUGGUGUAACCAUGUCUUCACCGGCUGCCGUUAUCCACAUCCCGUUAUGGGAAAAGUCCUUAAAAUGUCAGAAACUAUAAAGGUGACUGAUGCGCCAGUCCACACAACACGCGAUGAACUGGUUUCCAAGGUGAAGAAAAGAGGGAUUUCAAGUAGCAAUGAAGGGGUAGAGGAAGAACCUCUCAAGAAGCAAACACCUGCAUAUAAGGAACCGGUGGGCCAGCAUAGCGAUGAGCGGAGUUUAUCACAAGCUCCCUGCAGUGAGGCACAAAGAACAGACUCUGGCUCUUACCAGCCUGCUCCUCAGCAAAGUAAUAACCAUGAAUGUCAUCCGCAGACGGUGAAAGGUCAGUUACAGCCCAGUGUGAAUACUGUGAAAGCUCCUCGCAAACUGACUUCAGAGGACAUUAAGGAACGCCAGUCAUUCUUUAACAGGCUCUACAAGACUGUAGCUUGGAAGUUGGUUUCUGCAGGAGGAUUUGGUCCCAACCUCAACCAUUCAGAACUUCUGGGCAAUUCUAUUGAGUCUUUAAAAUCUACGUUGGACAUUGAUUUUGUGCCUCUAAAGGAACUGGCAGAUUUGCCUCAAACUAAAACCUCUCAGGAAAGCAUAGUGUGCGAGUUAAGGUGCCAGGCUGUCUAUUUGGCCAUGGGUUGUGGAAAGACAAAGGAAAAUGCAAAAGCUGUGGCCUCUAGGGAGGCAAUAAAACUAUUUCUGAAAAAGAAAGUAGUGGUGAGAAUAUGCAAGAGGAAAUACUGCGGCCGGGAAGUUGAAGACUUGGUUCUACUAGAUGAGGACUCGCGCUCUCCAAACUUGCCCCCUGCAUUGAAAAACCCUUUGGAUCUAAUAUAAGAGACUUUUAUGUUUUAAACCCUAGAAAAUUAUAUAGAAGCCUAAUACUUUAUAUAUUAAAAUAUGGAUUUCUUUUUUCAAA